AUGUCCUUGCUCAAGGCUUGCUGUCACUUGUUGGUUGUGUCUGUCCUCUUUGCCAGGUCAUCCGUGCUUGUCGUGAACCCGCCUGCUGCUCUUGAGAAGCAGCUGGGCCCGGCUGAAGCUGCAGUGGUGCCCGGGCAAGCUGUGCGCUUGCAGACGCGUGGACAUGCAUCCAUCUUGGGCGGAUUGGUCUGGAACUAUUCCUGGCCUUUGGUGAAUGUACUCCUGGGCACGACCCCACGAGGAUGGCAGGUCUUGCUCCAGUCACCGUAUGACACCACGACAAUCCUUACCUUUAUCAAUGGGAAGCAGUUUUACUUGCGCAGAAUUGAAUUCACGUCCCCCUCCGAGAACAGUCUGGAUGGGGAAAGUUUCGACAUGGAGAUGCAGCUUGUGCACAACGCAGCUGCAGAUGGCCAGCUCCUUGUCACUUCUGUGUUUCUGAAGGUUGGACUUGUGGAGGGCAACGAGUAUCUGAACACGUUUUGGCCACAGUUUCCGUCUACAGUCAGUGAAGAUGGGGUGCAGGCUGAGAUCGCGAACCCCUUCUAUGCGCUCCCAGGUGACAGGUCCCUCUAUGCAUUCAACGGCAGCUCCACGGUCCCUCCCUGCGGGACUGACACCAUCUGGAUGGUCUUCAAGCAGCCGCUGAUGAUCAGCAGGGCGCAGCGCGACCUUUACAGGGCUGCACUGAAUCUGAGCGCCCCGACGGGCUUCCUGCGCUUCGGAUCUGCUCCAUCAGGCGUUGUGCAGCCCUGGAAUACCGAUUUGGGUAUGAACACUCGGCUUCCGCAGCCUCAGGGGUCGCGGCAGGUUGCAUUCUUUCCCAUGUCGAACCCACCAAGUCAGAUGCCCUUCGACUUAGCCAGUGGCCACUUCUGGGGUUUCUUUGGAAUCGGCCUGCUGCUCCUAUCGGUUUUCGUCGGCGUUCUGGCAUUGCUUUGCUUGCUGUGCUCCGGUGGCGCACGUGCCAAGGGCCGCGCACGGAGCAAGGAAGUGCUUCACCGCAGUGAAGAAACCGACGAGGACCGGCAGCCUUUAUACAGGUCACCAGAGCCUGCACCGACGCAGAUGCAUCGCAUGCCUAUGCCAACGCAGCCGCAGUGGCCGGCUAACGCAGGCAGAGGUAUGAUGACGCGGCCUCAAAUCCCUCAGAUGUCUGGCGCACGUGCGCCUGCGAUGACGCAGCCCAUGAACUUCGGCGGCGCGCCGCAAACGCGCUUUGUAAUGCGACAGUAG